UGCAGAUAUCGCAGGAUUAUUCGUUGCGUCGUCGUCGUGUUUACGCGCGCGAUACCCUGUUCCUGAAUCGAUUAAACAUGGACCGUGUAAGUUGCGGUGCUGCGGGGGGCGAGAGACAUCCUUGUUUCGAUCCAAGAUAUUGUUGCCGGUGUAACGGCCGGUGAUGUAUCCGCUGUUGGCAUUCCGUAUGUUGAAGCUCAGUGCUCAGCCAAGGGGCUGCGUCGAUCCACUCAGAUACGAAGCCUCUCCACUGCCGCGGCCGAGGAUUUCAGGUUUGUAUGCCAAGACUAGUCCAGGAUCGGUCACUCAGGGCGUCAUCAGUGGUGAGAGGUUGCCGGAUGGCGGUGAGGCCAUCUACAUACAUUACUUCGUAGAUUUUACACGAGUCUCUGGGCGCGAACGGGCGGACAACGGCACCCUUUGUACAGUUUACUCCGUAAAUCCACCUGCUUCACCAACGCAGUGCUACAGGUUGCUAGGGAAAAAUGCGACGAAAAACGCUGCCAAUGAGAGCUGCGAAAUCCACCAUGAGAGACGGCGAAGGCGCAGAUACCCCCAGAUCUCGCUGCUGGAUAGCAUGCUGCUAGCGGCGCCACGCAUGGACAAGGCAGAAUGGAACUAAGGGCGAGAUGCUUACACGCUAACAUUCAUCUGAUGAUUUCUGAGAACAUCACCUGCUUCUGGGCUAUAUCGACUUUUAGCUUAUCGACAGAGGCGGUGCAAUUGAAUAGAAACAAUUCCGGUCGAGAGCGCGAGUGAGACAUGGUACACCACAACCAUCUCAUCGAAGCCUCAAGAUUGGCAUAUGCUUAUUGGGCAUCCGGGAACAGAAAUGGAAUAGUAGCUGAACUGGCGAAGACGUUACGGGAGAGGAGGCGGUUUUACUCGUAGGUUCUAGGCGAUGAGCGGUCGCCUCUUGUCAGACGAAACUGGGAAAACAGUGACGACAAGCGGAACUGAACGAUGGGUGAUCGGGCACAUACAUCAUGAACCGAAUUGUGCACGUCUUGAAAGAGAGGAAAGAACCAGC